AUGAAGGGCUUUAGACAGAGAGUGCAUGAACAGCUGUCGCGGGCGAAGGACUCCAACAAGUCAUCGAAGAAGCGAGACUCAAAUAAUACAUUGAAUGCUGGACUGAGCGCUACCCACCAUGCCCAAUCGGCCAGCCCCAACCACGUAACCCCUACUUCUUCUACAACAUCUCUAAACGAAACGAGGAAUACGAAACCCGACAAUGCAUCCCCAGCCGCGGCUAAUUCGCCAGCAGGCCACCAGAAUAACCAAGGCGCUGUUGCUGCAGCUGGCGUGGGACAGCAUUUCGUGCCUAAUACGCAGGUAAUGGGUAAUCUCGGUGGCCAGCCAGCGAAUAUUCCUGGAACGCCUACAAGACAAGGACAACAACCCAUUACCCCUAGUGUCGUGAUCAGUCCUAGCGCUCCGCAUGUUCCUCCUCCUGGAGCUGCCGAAACCAUGCCUGGUGACCUCGCGCCCCCGAAGAAAUCCCACGUCUUUGACAGACUACAUUCAACACCGAAAGAUAUUUCCGAGGGCAUCAGGACACCCAAGCGCCAGCAUUCGUCUCGAUUUGAUAUCUCCGACCAACGCCAGCGAGAACUGGAAAAGUUACCCGGCUUCCAUGAAGUCCCCCCAAACCGCCGCCAGGACCUGUUCAUGCAGAAGAUUGAUCAGUGUAACAUCAUAUUCGAUUUCAAUGAUCCGACUGCCGAUAUGAAGUCUAAAGAGAUCAAGAGGCUGGCAUUGCACGAACUGCUCGAUUAUGUUGCAAACAACCGUUCGGUCAUCACAGAGCCCAUGUACCCUCGUGUGGUCGAUAUGUUCGCCAAGAACCUUUUCCGACCCAUUCCACCACCAGUGACUCCGCAGGGAGAGGCAUAUGAUCCCGAAGAAGACGAGCCUGUUUUGGAGGUGGCUUGGCCUCACAUUCAAGUCGUCUACGAAUUCUUCCUGCGCUUCAUCGAGAGCCAAGAUUUCAAUACGAACAUUGCGAAGCAAUAUAUUGAUCACCAAUUUGUUCUCCAGUUGCUUGAAUUAUUUGAUUCUGAAGACCCGCGCGAGCGCGAUUUUCUCAAGACGACAUUGCAUCGUAUCUACGGAAAGUUCCUCAACUUGCGCUCAUAUAUCCGACGCUCAAUAAACAACGUCUUCUUUCAGUUCACAUACGAAACCGAGCGUUUCAAUGGUAUUGCAGAGCUGUUAGAGAUUCUAGGAUCCAUUAUCAAUGGAUUUGCUUUGCCGUUGAAGGAAGAGCACAAGCUUUUCUUGACCCGAGUGUUGAUUCCAAUGCAUAAACCGAAAGGACUCAGCAUGUACCACCCACAACUCGCAUAUUGCAUUGUUCAGUUCCUUGAGAAGGACUCGGUGCUCACAGAAGAUGUUGUUAUGGGUUUACUUCGCUACUGGCCUAAAGUGAACAGUACCAAAGAGGUGAUGUUCUUGAACGAGGUCGAAGACAUUUUCGAGGUCAUGGAUCCGACAGAAUUUGCCAAGGUCCAAGGACCACUUUUCACUCAGUUGGCCAAGUCGGUUGCCAGCCCUCACUUCCAGGUUGCCGAGCGGGCUUUAUAUUUUUGGAAUAAUGAAUAUUUCUGCAACUUGGUUAGCGACAAUGUCGAGACUAUCCUGCCCAUCAUGUUUGCGCCGUUGUAUGAAAACUCCAAGGGCCAUUGGAAUAGAACGAUCCAUAGCAUGGUGUACAAUGCCAUGAAGCUUUUCAUGGAGAUCAACCCCCAGCUCUUUGACGAGUGUUCACAGGAAUAUAACGAACAUCAGAGUGGAGCCGAUGAGCGAGAACAAGCUCGUCGUCGAAGAUGGGAGGUACUUGCCGAAAAAGCCGAGAAACGAAAACAAGGCCUAUUAACAGACCCAACAUCAUCGACAACCUCGAUCCCUACAUCCAAAGUUGAUGAUAUCGAUCCAGUCACCCAAGACAGCCAGAAGCGCUUGAACGCCCUUAAACUUGAUGAGACAACUACAGUUAAAGAGAGAACCGCAACUUCGAGACAUGUCCGCAGACGACGCAGUGGAAGUGGCAGUAGUGUGAGGAUGCGACGAAGUUCGAUCGGGAGUGCUUCUGGCUCUCCGGCAACGGUUGUACUGUCUCGGAGUAACUCGAAUCGACAAUAA